AUGGAGAAUGCAAAUGUGACAGAAUUUGUUCUACUGGGGCUCACAGAGAAUCCAAAAAUGCAGAAAAUCAUAUUUGUUGUGUUUUUUAUGAUCUGCACCAUUUCUAUGAUAGGAAAUGUGCUCAUCGUGGUUACCAUCACUGCCACCCCAUUACUGGGGUCCCCCAUGUACUUUUUCUUGGCCUAUCUCUCCUUUAUUGAUGCCUGCUAUUCCACUGUCAGUACCCCCAAACUGAUCAUAGAUUCACUCCAUGAAAAGAAGACCAUCUUAUUUAACGGUUGUAUGACCCAAAUCUUUGGGGAACAUUUCUUUGGAGGUGCUGAUGUCAUCCUGCUCACUGUGAUGGCCUAUGACCGCUAUGUGGCCAUCUGCAAGCCCUUGCACUACACAAUCAUCAUGAAUCGGCAGGUGUGUGGCUUGCUAAUGGGAGUAGUGUGGGUCGGAGGCUUUCUUCAUGCAACCAUACAGAUCCUCUUCAUCUUCCAAUUAUCUUUCUGUGGCCCUAACAUCAUAGAUCACUUUAUGUGUGAUCUGAAUCCUUUACUCAAUCUUGCCUGCACUGACACCCACACUCUAGGGCUCUUCAUUGCUGCUAAUAGUGGGUUCAUCUGUGUGUUAAACUUCCUCCUCUUGUUGGUCUCCUAUGUGGUCAUCCUGCACUCCCUAAGGAUCCACAGCUUGGAGGCGAGGCGCAAAGCACUCUCCACCUGUGUCUCCCACAUCACAGUGGUUGUCUUAUUCUUUGUGCCCUGUACAUUUGUAUACAUGAGACCUGCAGCUACUUUAUCAAUAGAUAAAGCAGUUGCUGUAUUCUAUACUAUGAUAACCCCCAUGUUAAACCCCUUAAUCUAUACCUUGAGAAAUGCCCAGAUGAAAAAUGCCAUUAGGAAACUCUGCAGUAAGGAAGCUAUUCCAGGUGACAAUUAA